GGAACUUUGAGCUCCGGGAGGAUGCAGGUGACGUGUUGGUGCGCCGUGUUCCUCCUGACGCCUGCACUUUGCCUGGUUACUAGUGCCCAUGCCUCAAAGUCAGAAAUUGUUAAGUCAGGAAGCCCCAAAUCCACACUAAAGCAUAUAUGGACAGAAAGCAGCAAGGAUAUGUCCAUCAGUAGGCUGCUGUCACAGACUCUACAUGGCAAAGAGAACAGCACAGCAUUAGACCUUCGCUAUGACACUCCAGAGCCCUACUCUGAGCAGGACCUGUGGGACUGGCUGAGGAACUCCACAGACUUGCAGGACUCGCGGCCGCGGGCUAAACGGCGGCCAAUGGUCAAGACGGGGAAGUUCAAGAAGAUGUUCGGCUGGGGGGACUUCCACUCUAACAUCAAGACGGUCAAACUGAACCUGCUGAUCACCGGGAAGAUCGUGGAUCAUGGCAACGGCACCUUCAGUGUCUACUUCCGCCAUAACUCCACAGGCCAGGGCAAUGUGUCCGUCAGCUUGGUCCCUCCAACCAAGAUAGUGGAGUUCGAUGUGGCGGCACAGCAGUCCGUCAUUGACGCCAAGGACUCAAAGUCCUUCAACUGCCGCAUAGAGUAUGAGAAGGUGGAAAAGGGUGCCAAGAACACACUCUGCAACUUCGACCCGUCCAAGACCUGCUACCAGGAGCAGACCCAGAGCCACGUGUCCUGGCUCUGUUCCAAACCUUUCAAAGUCAUCUGCAUCUUCAUUUCCUUCUACAGUACCGACUACAAACUGGUGCAGAAAGUGUGCCCAGACUACAACUACCACAGUGACACUCCCUAUUUCCCCUCUGGCUGACGCUCCCAUAUAUGCACAUACAGAAAAGUGGACGAGUAGAGCACAGA